GCUCUUUUAAUUUGAUGCACGCUCACUGCUCGUUACUUUGGGAGCCAUAUUUAAAAGCUACAUCAAUAACCCGCACCAAAAGCAGAAUCUGAAUGCCUUCCGUUACCUCAGGCAUUCCAAUCCCCGAGCACUUGUGGCCUAGAUGGACAACACAGGAGCUAGAGAGUCAAUUGUCUGACUUGGCAGCGCUUGCGGCGAAUGAAAAUGAACGACAGAGAUUUUCGGAACGGUCCGCGUUAAUCAAUGAGAUUGUUGCGAAGCUUGAAAGCACUUACACAGAGCCAUCUGUGCGAUUUCAGUGCUUGCGGGUGCUGGGCAACGUAUGCGCUGACAAUAACUUGAAUCGAAAUCUUGUGAUGAGCGUGCCGGGGUUUGUCGAUGCUCUUGAUAGUUGCUGGUCUGGUCCAGAUGAGAAGCUGCGCAAUACAGCAAUUAUAGUCGCGUUUAAUUUCUGCAACGACUACGAUGUGGCACAAAGUUUCCUGGUGAAGGCGAGGAAUGACGUGUUGGGCCUGCUUGUGUCAAUGCUGGCCAAUAUACAUGACGAGGCUACUGCUGCAUACGUGCUUCGUCUUAUGGAGUUCCUGAUCCUGAACGAGGCAUUCACAGAGAAUAAGCUGCGGCCAGACGCACUUCCAGUCAUUCUCCGCGCCAUUCCAGCGAGCGAGGUUGCAGAUAAUAUCAUCUUGAUUUCGACGCUGUUAACCUUCGAGUCGUUUCGUUUGCAGACAUUGAAAAACAACUAUGCGGACUUGAUACUGUUAUGCGAGAAAUAUGAACUUCUUAUUGACACAGAGGACGUCGAUGCUUUAAAGGUUAUACUCGGAGACUUCAGUAAUAUUUCUGGCAUGGAUGUUUUCUCUGCCGAGUCAAUACCUGAGAGUUUGGUUGAACUGUGGGAGAGGUGGAUCAGUUUAUAUGAUAACCGCGCUCAAACUUCAUAUCUUCGUGUGGCCGGAUUAACAUUCAUCGGCAACUUGUGCACCAAUGAAACUGCAUGUGUAUAUAUGGUAAACUCCAGAAACACUCAUAUCAGCGCGAUAUCGAUAAUUAAAAACUCCAAUUCGACCGCAAAUGAGAUGUACUCAGCUGCAGGCUUGCUCAAAAAUCUAGCCAUCAGUGAUAAAAAUAAGAGAACACUAGUACAGAGCGAUGUGUUCUCUGCGAUCGGGAGGCUGCUGGAAUGCGACGAAUCCCCGCAGGUUAUCUUUUCCGCCCUGGGUUUAUUACGCGUGGUCUUGAGCAAUUCAUACGAGAAUGCUCAUGAUUUCGUCUCAACCGACUACAAGAACGUCUUUUUGACGAAGGCUGUGCAAUUACACUCGCAGCACUCAGAGAAAUCUAUCCGGUUGGAGACGUCAAGACUUUUCUGCACGCUUAUAAGAUCAUUAUCGCUGAAGUCAGAUCAGGAUCUUGAUUUGGUGACGACAAUAGCGCCAGAAAACACAGAGACAAAACUGACGACAGUUCUCUCGAUGAUCCUAAGCCUACUGAACGAGGAGCAGCACCGUCGGAUUUUAUCCUCCGAGGCUCUAUUCUCGCUAGCGCUAGUUGCCCGAGAUUCAAAAGCGGCAGCUGCAGUUGCAGAGAUACUAGAUAACUCCAGCGAUUUGUCGGGGAAAGUCCGCGAGAUUUUUACAAGCACCGAGUUUGAUGAUAAGGUGAAGGAUAACGCGAAAACGCUAAUGCUUGUCGUGGGACAAGCUGCUACGGAGGGUGGUAAUGCCUAUAAAAUAUAUAAAGAGCUUGCGCGGGAUGUCUAGUGAACAUGUUUGGGUAUCAAUUGAUGGAUUUAUAGAUUGUACAAAUAAAAAAGACUCAACAGGG